ACAUUAUAUUCAUAUUCAGCACUAAUUAAAUCAUCUAUUUCAUAUAACAUUGCAUUUCACUUCAUCACUUGGCUAGGGUGGUGCAUUUGCAGCUCUUAAUUUCCUCACAAAUAUGGAGGCGCGUAGUUUGUACUCACUAGUGUUUCUUGUGCUUGCUUUGGCUAUUGUGAACACAGUGCAUGGCCAAGGGACGCGUGUAGGGUUCUAUUCGAGUGCAUGUCCACUUGCUGAGUCCAUUGUUAAGUCCACAGUUACAACCCACGUUAACUCUGAUAGUACUUUGGCUGCUGGGUUGCUUCGGAUGCACUUCCAUGAUUGCUUUGUGCAAGGUUGUGACGCUUCUGUUCUCAUUGCUGGUUCUGGCACUGAGAGAACAGCAUUUGCAAACCUUGGUUUACGAGGAUUUGAGGUUAUUGAUGAUGCUAAGACGCAGCUCGAGGCUACAUGCCCCGGUGUUGUGUCUUGUGCUGAUAUCCUUGCUCUUGCUGCUCGUGAUUCCGUUGUUCACAGUGGUGGACUGAGUUAUCAAGUGCCUACUGGACGCAGAGAUGGACGCAUAUCACAGGCUUCAGAUGUCAGUAACUUGCCUGCUCCUUUUGACUCUGUUGAAGUUCAAACACAAAAGUUCACAGCAAAGGGACUCAACACUCAAGACCUCGUCACCCUUGUUGGUGCACAUACCAUUGGUACUACAGCUUGCCAGUUCUUCAGUAACAGAUUGUACAACUUCACCGCAAAUGGUCCUGACCCUUCCAUCGACCCUUCAUUUCUUCCUCAACUACAAUCACUAUGCCCUCAAAACGGUGACGGUUCAAAACGAGUAGCGCUAGAUACGGGUAGUCAAACUAAAUUUGAUUUAUCUUACUAUAGUAAUUUGAGGAAUUCGCGUGGAAUUCUGCAAUCUGAUCAAGCACUUUGGAGUGAUGCUUCCACAAAGACAACUGUUCAGAGGUAUUUGGGCUUGAUAAAAGGCUUGCUUGGAUUAACAUUUAACGUGGAAUUUGGAAAGUCUAUGAUAAAGAUGGGCAACAUUGAGUUGAAGACUGGUACUGAUGGUGAAAUUCGCAAGAUAUGUUCUGCCAUCAACUAGAUUGCCACUUCAAACAAUGAAUAAUUAAAUUGCUUGUAGAAUUGGCUUUAUUUGUAUCUGUUGGCAUUUGCCAUUGAAGUGUAUCAUGUACAUUUUGCUUCUUUUUUGUGGCCAGACGAAAUAUUUUCAUCUUGAAAGUGUAUAAGUUACAGAAAAUGUAAUAGAAUUAAUUAAUAAAUAUAUUUUUCUUGUUUUCGGCAA